UUUUAUCCUCCAACAUGUGAUCCCAUGCAGGGGCUCUGUAGGAGAUGUCCAAAGUUCACAUAUCCACAAUUUUAUGGUUGACGGUUGAAGGCUAUAAAUAUACAGAGGCACAUAUGAAUAUCCGUGACACACAUUUGAGUAAGGAAUAACUUGUAUCCAAGUGUCGAAAAAUCAAAGGCAGACCUGCAGCGAGGAAAAUGAUCGGACCUUUAGGCCUACUCGUCCUCUUGGGGGUGAACCUGGUGUUAGUGAGUGGCACUCCGGUGGUAGUGGGCGACACUCCGGUGGUGCCGAGCGACACUCCGGUGGUGCUGAGCGACACUCCGGUGGUAGUGGGCGACACUCCGGUGGUAGUGGGCGACACUCCGGUGGUAGUGGGCGACACUCCGGUGGUAGUGGGCGACACUCCGGUGGUAGUGAGCGGUACACCUGAGUCGCUUCCAGUGGAUUGCAGCGACCUCUAUAGCAACGGCUUCGGUAACAGUGGCGUCUAUACGAUCUUUCCAGCGGGACCCACUUCCCCGGUUCAGGUGUUCUGUGAAAUGGGCAGCAUGGAUGCACCAGAUAGUGACAAAUGGACGGUCAUUCAAAGAAGGACUGAUGGCACCAUUAACUUCUACCGUGGGUGGGAACAGUACAAGACUGGAUUCGGACAGGCGUCAAGUGAAUACUGGUUGGGUCUGGAGAAUAUCCAUCUCCUGUCUGGGAAAAAAAGCUACAAGCUGAGGGUGGACAUGGAGGACUUCGAUGGCGCAAAGGCAUUCGUGGAGUAUUCCUCCUUCAACGUGGCCCCAGAGAAGGACGGAUACAGGCUCACGUUAAGAAAUUCGUUGGAUCAUCAUAAUCUUCAGAAAUUCUCAACGUUUGAUAAGGACCAAGAUUUAUAUUCUGGAAACAACUGUGCACGACUGUGGCUGGGAGGAUGGUGGUACAAUAAUUGCUAUCACGCCAACCCUAAUGGGGAGUAUUUGUGGGGCGAAUCAACCUAUUCCCAUGGAAUUAGUUGGUCUACUUGGAAAGGACAAAGUUAUUCCUUAAAAGCAAUUGCAUUUAAGUUAAGCCCCAACUGGAACUGAAUGCUAUUGGAUGAAUUGUAGUAGAAUUAAAAUUCAUUGACAGUGUGACUAUUUAGUUGACGAGGGUUAGGCCCGUUAUAUUAAGUCAUAAGUAAUUUUAUACAACGUCCACAUGUUAAGCAUCAGAUGGGAUUUCAGCAUUAUAUUGUUUAGGCCUUUUACUCAAUAAAGAAUGAGAACAUUUA